GGUUUCAAUAUACUCCUGCGUGAACUAGUUGCCGAGUUUACGCUGACCGACAGCACCUGCGCAACUCCCGCAUCACUCCUCAGUAUCCUCUGUCACAACGAGGACAGUGUUGUUCUGAGUUCUUGGCACCAAGAAACAGAUCAGGAAAUCCUCGAGAGCGGAUUGGAACAGUUUGGUUUCUCUUCACCGGAUCCCCUGGGAAAGGAUCCUGCCUUCCUCUUUCUCCGUGACGGCCUCUUCUCCGCCUUGUCUCCUGACCGCUGCACGUCGGUGAUAGCUUUGAGAUCCUUGACGGAGGGUGCCUCUACGCCCAACAGUUGCAUCAUCAACACUGCUGACGUCUCCACGACCGACGAAUUCGAGGCCGGAUUGCUCUCUGCUGCUGACACUGGCGUUAACGUUAAACAACAGAAUGGUGUUUGCGCUGUCCGCGGCGCGCCUUCGGUGGCCACCUCCCUCAUCAACGCAUCUGUCGAUCUCUUUGGCAGUCUCUUUCCCUAUGUUUCCUUGCGUCACAGAACGCAGAUGCUGGAGCACUUCGCCGAGUGCAUUCGUGUUUCCAAGGCGGCACGCCAAGAGGCCAUUCAAGUUAACAUCUUUGCUGCCUUUCUCUGUGCUCUGCGUAAACUGGCCGAGACCAAGUACGCCUUUGGCGACGAUGCCGCACUCCGCGCAUCAGCCGUCUCUCUCAGCAUGGUAAGAUGUUGGGGACGGAUGUUCAGCGGGCUUUUCCUGUCUCCCAACAAUUAUGUUGUCUUUGUCACAUUUUAUCUCGUUUCGGCCUUCCGAUUUGAGGAUAGAAACCCCGGGUUUUUCCCCUAA